AAUCAUCUGACUUCAGGAACUGAAUUGAAAGGACUGUUGUUUUAUCUGUGACAAACUCAUUUUUGAGGGAAAUUUUAUUAUUUUUAUCUUGCAUGUGAAGAAACUGCUUUUCAUCAGAGAUCCAUUCUGCCAUGCAAGGUCAGCGUUUUUCAGACGGUGUGCGCAGACGCUGGAGAUCCGCUGUCUGGACCCUCACCUGUCUAUUAGUCUCAUUUCUGAUCCUGACCGUCAUCGCCGUCCUUCAGUUUGCUACAGUACGGCUGAUCAACGGCAGACAUCAGUGUGAAGGUCGUGUGGAGGUCCUUCAUAACGGCUCCUGGGGGACGGUGUGCGAUGAUGACUGGGACAUGGUGGACUCCAACGUGGUUUGCCGGCAGCUGGACUGUGGAAUAGCCAUGACCGUGGGGAGCAGCUCCAGGUUCGGUCAGGGUUCCGGUCCCAUCCUGUUGGACAAUGUGGACUGUAAAGGGGGAGAAAGAGACCUGAGUCAGUGUGGGAAUCAGGGAUGGGGAAUCCAUAACUGUUACCACUAUGAGGACGUGGCAGUCAUCUGUAGAGGUUAUGAUGUCAAAACUCAUUCCUGUGGUGUAGGAGAUGGUACCAUACGUUUGGCGGGGGGUCCGGACCAGUGCCAGGGCAGGGUGGAGAUCUACUAUCAGGGAAACUGGGGAACCGUCUGCGAUGAUGAUUGGAGCAUGAAAGACGCGGCAGUCGUGUGUCAACAAAUAGGCUGCAGGGAAGCGGUCACCGAAACAACCAACGCCUACUUCGGCUAUGGCACAGGACUGAUCUUGCUGGAUAAUGUGAACUGUAAUGGGCAUGAGAGUAGCCUGGCCAGCUGUUACAGUCUGGGCUGGGGGAUUCAUAACUGUGGCCAUCAUGAGGAUGCAGGUGUCAUCUGCUCAGGUUCAAGUUCCACCACAGUCCCAUCUCUCAACACAGAGACUAUGGGCCGAGGAUCUAUGCCAACAGAGAGCACAGCAGUGACAGAAAUGCCAGUAAAAGAUACUUCAACAACUACCACUGCACUUACCAGAGCCUCAACAACGAAAGCAAAAUCUAGCAUCCGCGUGGUAAACGGCAAUAGCAGUUGUCAGGGGCGCGUGGAGGUACUUUACUACACAAUAUGGGGAACAGUGUGUGACGAUGACUGGGACAUGGAUAACGCUCUGGUGGUCUGUAGACAGCUGGGAUGCGGCCCACCUAUUGCAGCCAAACCUCUGGCUUACUUCGGCUACGGUUCGGGUCCCAUACUGCUGGAUAACGUUGACUGCCGGGGCAACGAGGCGAAACUGACAGACUGCUUCAAUCUGGGCUGGGGACAGCACAACUGUGGACAUCACGAGGACGCCGGAGUUAUCUGUGCACCACAGAUGUGUUACAUCUUUGAAACAUACUUUUCACACUAUAAUUUGGGAUGCAAAUGUACAUGUGGCCUUUUCUUCCCUCCUCAAGGUACCAUGAGACUCGUGGGGGGCCAGCAUCGCUGCGAGGGCCGUGUGGAGAUGUACCUGAGAAGUCAAUGGGGCACAGUGUGUGAUGAUGCCUGGGAUAUUCUAGAUGCUAAGGUAGUGUGUAGGCAGAUGAGCUGUGGGUUGCCCAGGGCCGCUCAUGCGCAGGCUUUCUUCGGGCAGGGUCGUGGCACAAUCCACCUGGACAACCUGAAAUGCACCGGCACGGAAGCGAAUCUCCUUCAGUGCUCUCACAUAGCAUGGAACGUCCACAACUGUGACCACUCUGAGGAUGCCAGCGUCGUGUGUGGACUCUUGUGA